GGGUAAUACCAGAGGAACAACUGAGGGAGCUGCUCACCACAAUGGGGGAUAGAUUUACUGAUGAAGAGGUUGAUGAAAUGUACAGGGAUGCUCCCAUCAAGAGGGGAAACUUUAACUACCUGGAGUUUACAAGGAUCCUAAAGUACGGAAAGAGAGAGGAUGAGGCACAGUGAUACAUUCUUAUUUUGAUGAAUAUUGUUUUUAGUAUUAGGUCCAAAGAUAAGUUCAUACAACUCACAAAUGUGAAUGUAAUGCAUGUAUUUCUUUAAAUGUUUUAAGUUAUGAUAAUAUUCUGUAGCUUUUUGUUUAUUUGCAAUUAUAUAAGGAUUUGUCAGUAUUGUUUUACACAUUGUUAUGUUGCUAGUCUUCCUCACGUCUUAGGUAAGUUGAAUAGCCUAACCCAUCUGACUCAUGGAAUAUUCUUAGAUUAUAUUUGAAAAUAUUCGACAGAAAAAUUGAGAGCUCCCAUGCUCUACAUGUAUUAAUAUUAGUUUAGAGACUGGUCAUGAUUGUUAACACAUAAAUCCAUCAUUGUACCGGAAUGUUGAGAUUUGUAUUUGAAAUAUUGGGAGGGAUAUAACUUAAAAAUUGAGAGCUUUUAAGCUCUCUUAGACACUAGUCAUGAGUGGUAGUGUAUAGAUCUAACAAUGUUCAUGAUUGUUAAUAAUAAGGGACUUCUGUAAUAGGUAUAGAUGUGUCCAUUGUUUUAUCUUUUUUAAUUGCACUGGAAGGAUAUGAUGCAUUCCAGAAUGUAGAAUGGGACCUUGUGAUGAUCCAUAUUAUUUAUACCAGUACUUACAUUGAUAUAUAUUACAUCUAUUCAUUCCUGAUUUUUUUGUUUUCAUUCCAAACGUGUGCUGCUCAUUUAUUUGACAAUAGGGUGUUCUUAGUUUCUGUACACUAAACUAAAAUUUUCCAAGAGAGAUAAUAGCUGCUUCAUAUGCCUAUUGGUAAUGGAUUAGAAAUCUUUAAGAGAUGUGUAAGCUUUCAGAGUGUUGUUUUAGAAGUGUUCUUUCAAUACAUGUGAACUGUAGAAUCGUAAUCUAUGGAAGUAGUUUGUGUGGUGCUUCACACUUUAUACAAGAUGUGUUGUAUGUUUCACUAAUCCAGGGUAACCAUAACUGGCAUUUAUAGCCUUCCUGGGGAUGGACUUAACAAUGUAACCUUUUGCCUCUGUUUGGCGGUUUAUACCCAACACUUGUAUACAUUAAUAUUUAUAUGGGAGAAAGUAUUUGCAUUCCAGUGGGUAAAAUCCAACAGUGCUAUUUCUACCAUGUCAUAUUGACCUGCAGCACAGUGCAGAAAACUUGUGAAAGUAUUUCUUCUUUGUCAAGAUACAUUGAUGUUUAUUUUAUUUGGUUAUAUAUUUUUACAAUUUUUAGUGCAAAACACACAUUGCAUAUUUACGUAGUGUGUUUUUACUGACACGUCAUUCCAAGCUGUGUUUUUUUUUUUUAGGGGUCUUGUUUAUUUUAAAAAAUCUAACUGACCCAGCAAUCAAUUUGAUUUGAAGGUUUUAAACCUUUGACCCCUCUGAGCUUUAUUUGUGGUUGCGGUUGUGAGUGAACGUGUUUUUUGUUUUUGACGGCCAAGCCUUUUUAUUGCUGGUCCUAUUGAGACUCGUAACAACAGUAGCUUCCCAAGUUUCUGAGGGUACACAUCUUUACAAAAAAGGGGUCUUUUUCAUGAAGUAGACGUCAUUUCUGUUUCUGGUAUCCUUUCUACUGUGUUUCCCAUUUGCAAAGUCAAACAGAAAUUUUCCUCUAGUCUCAGACAGUCCCUUGCAAAUCCAAUCAUGGUUGAAGAAACUCUUUAAAGAAAAGCAGAAACACAGUUGUAUUCAAACAAUUGCAGCUCUGCAACAAUUAAGAUUUGCUGCCGGUGCAAAAGAUACAUGUUGUGUGAUGUGGUCAAUCAGUAUGUAUAAUCCUAUAUAUUUAUAUUAUUUUCUAAUCAAUUUUAACUUCAGUUUGGUUGUGGCCAGGGGCAAGAAUGUAUUUGUAGCAUUUUUGUGUUUUUGAGUCAACUGCAUUUUUUUCGGCUCUUCGCCUUGCAUGCAGAAAAUAUGAGUUCAGCUCUUGAUAGAUGUCUAUUUUAUCUAGAAUGUCUUGUCUUUCUGCUAAAAAGAGACACUUACACCCAGAUGUAUACCGCUCUGUCCAGGUUGUCUCUGACUGGAAGGGUUAAAGCAGUUUGCCUCCUUGAUUGUCUAAACUGUAUUGUUGAAGGUGUGUAACAAUUACACUAGUCUCUGGAGGGUAUUUUGGGAGGGGGGGGGGGGGUUGGGUGUGAGGGGAUGGAGGGAGUCUUGGUAGGACAUAAGAAUAAGAGGUAAGAGUGCGAAUAAAAUGCUUAUGCUUUGUAUAGUGAGCAAAAUCAGGGGAAUUUAGUCAAUGACAUUAUAAUUAUUGCAAAUUUUGCAUGCUAUUGUUUCCUAGGAGCAUGCCUAAUAUUUUUAUUAAGGGUUUUGCAAUUUUAAUUUACGAUUCAUUUUGGAUUUGGCCCAAUAAACCUGUAAUACUCUUGAAUAAUCGAAA